AUGUUACUACACACAUGUACCUUCAACGAUAAACCCAUCGCACAGGUUCAAAUCAACGUCUCAUUCUCGUUCGGCUGUCAUGAUCAGACCUUACGCAUGCGCACUCAGAUGCUCUUCGAUUUCACAAAGUCGACGCCUUCGCAGCUGGAAAACUUCUGGAACACACGUGAUAUUUGUGUACGUGAAAAUCCUGGAAAGUGGGUUAAACAAUUUUUCUGCGAAGGCAAGAAUCCUUUCACCUCAUACAUGGAUUGGAAGCCCUGUCAAUGGUUGAGCUGGGAUGUGAGUGACGAAGGACCACUACAGAUUACCUUGAACCGCAACCUGGGGAAGCGUGAAUGGCCGAAUAAGGGCUGGAUUCGGAACUGUCGCAGACUUCCUAAGUAG